UACCGGCCGCUGGAGAAGGAAGACCAGGAGAUCCGAAUCCUGGUCCUGCAACGUGGAGCUGACCGCUCAUCCCCUCUCCACUGCAAGCUCGAACAUAUACCACUGUCAUAUGCCACGUUCUCAGCUAUAACCCACGUCUGGAGGCAGCAAGAGGAGAACAGAAUACGGAUCGAGGGCUUGAAUACCACCAUCGGAGAGAAUCUAGGUCAAGCAUUGAUCAAUCUCCGAAAGGAUGAGGAGGACCUGAGGUUGUCGGCGGAUGCCAUAUGUAUCACCCAACAAGACGAUGUCGAAAAGUCGUGGCAGGUGGAGUUAAUGGGAGACAUCUUCAAUACCGCUCUGCUCACUUAUGUAUGGCUUAGACCCACGCCUGGAGAUCACGACGAAAGUCCUGCACAAGCUCUGGACAUGAUACUCGAGAUCGGAAAAUCGUGCAAAGGACACCAAGUCGUGGGCUACGUAUGGCCAGACAAUGGGUUACUCUCUAUUAGCACGUUUAUUCCGGAGAAAUAAGGAGGACUUGAGUUGAGAGGCGGAAAA